AUCAAUUUUUCCUAUCGAUUUGAUCAUCGUCAUCAAAAGAAUAUUCCAUGAUCACCAAGGAAACCAUCAAAAAAGGAUUUGAUUGUGAACAAAACCGAAUCAAAAACAAAUCAUGAGCGCAAUCUCGAUGAAACCAAAACAAUCGAUUCAUUUGUUAUUGAAUCAAACAUACAAUAUGAAUAAUCCACGUCUUUCGAUACGGUUGGAAGAAAAUGUUGUCGAAAAUGAUUAUGAUGAUGAUGACGAGGAGGUUGAUGAUGUUAGCGAAGAUAAUGUAACAAUUAUCAACGGUAAUCAUCAACAUCGUUCGAUAGAAAAAUGUUCGAAUUGUGAUUCACUAAAACAAAUGUUGCACUUACGUGAUCGAACUAUAAUGAGAUUGAUUGAUGAUCGUGAUCAAUUAAAAAUCAAAUUAACCGCUACCAUGAAUGAAAAUAUUGAGUUAACAAGACAAUUACUUCGAUAUGAAGCAAUAUUGAAGAAAAAUAAUCGAAAAGAAAUGAAUGAUAAUAAUCGAACAAUCGAUACUGAUAAACAACAGGAACUGGAUUUUUAUCGUCGCCGUUGCCAAACAUUGGAAGAACAAAACCAACAAAUGAAAUAUCAUCUUUAUUCAUUACGCAAUGUUUUCCUGGAACUUGGCCAACAACAACAACAAAACAAUGGUAAUGAUGAUGAUGAUGCAUCAUAUCAAGAUCUCUCAAGUAAUUCCAAUUCGGGCAAUGUUCUGGCCAAUGUCGUUGAAAAUGGAUCACAACAGCAACUGCCAUCAUCAUCAUUGAAUAUUGCAAUUUCUGCGACCAAUUCUAUCAAUCAUCAACAGCAACAAGAACCAAAAAUUAAUUCUGAAUCAAGUUCAACAAUCAAAGUGAUAGCAAAUCAAACAAACAAUGAGGAUUGUCCGUUUAUCGAACCAAUAUUAUCUAAUUUUGAUCGUUGGUAUAAUAGUUGAAUGGAAUUCAAAAACAAACCAUUACUUUAUUUAAUUUUUCCACCAAAAAUUGACUACAAUUGCAUUGAUUUGUU